AAAUGAUUGUUCGGGUUGGCAGAAACAAAUGGUGACUACAUGUUUUAAAAAUGUCUGUACGUGUAUCAUUAGUUUUCACUAUUUCUGCAAUAGUAUUAAUCAACCCUAUAACAGCCACUGAUGAAAUAUAUAUAUCACCCUUCAUCUAUGAUGUACACAAUAAUAGUGAUAUAGUAAUUCAAAUAAAGGGAUUGACAUCAACAAUGGACAUGAUAAAAUCAAUUACAUGCGAUGUAAUCGAUUUGGAUUCCCAAAUCAUUAUGAAAACUGAUUUAAAUCUAAGUAACGAAUUUACGAUAAUGGCACGAUUCGAAAUUCCAACAGCCUUAGGUGCUUUUAAGAUACAAUGUUCCAAAUUUGGUUCACUUAUGAACUUCUAUGGUAACUUUUUACUUGUCAAUAGUCUACAUUUGAUAAUCGGAAACGUUGAACCAAAUUCAAUAAAACUAGGAGAAAGUGUUUCAUUCAAACUGGAAAUAUUUAACUUGAGUGAACCUGUUCCUUUAUUAUGUCAUUUAACUGAUGGAGAAGAUUAUAUCAUUUUACCAACAAACUCGAUCAAUGGAAAUAAACUAUCUACAUGGAUUACAUGCCCUGAGUAUAAACUUAAUAGAGCCACUGAAUACCAAAUAACAGUCGUGUAUUCAACGGAUGCAAUUGAUGCAAUGUUAAGUUCGAACAAUUUCAAAGUAGUGACGGUUCAGGCCGAUCGUCCAAAAGUGAUGAAAUCUGGAUACACUAAAGAUUUGAGAACUAUUUGGUUUCAAUUUGAUCAAAAUAUAGAGGGACCAGAUUCGUGUGAUGCUAUUUUCACAUCAAAUACAUUAAAUCAAUUUGGUCACGACGCUGUUUGUUGGUUUUCCUCUGAUCAUUUAACGGUACUCCUAGGAAAUGUAAAAACUAUUAAAGAAAAUAAACUUCAUGUUCAAUUUUCUUCAGACAAUAAUAUAAAGAGUUACCAAUCGUUGCCGAAUUUGAGUUCAGCGAUGUUAAAUAUUGAAAUGAUUGUACCAAUAAUUCCUUCCGAGGUUACAUUGCCGAUGUAUUGGAUGAAUGGGCCUCCACAAUUUUGUAAUGUUGAUGAUGGACACAUUCUUGGAACACAAUCUUCUGACCAAUCUAUAUAUGAUUGUACUGGUUCUCAAGUUAUAAGUGUUUCUACCUUUGGCUCACCUAUGCUCAGAUUUAGUCCAAUAUUAAGCUUUAAUGACCUCUCAAACUCGGCACACAUUUCAAUAGACGAAUCUUCACAUCGGUCUUCUUUAGUGAGGAAUAGUGUCAGAGGUCUUGUGAUAAUGAUAAAUCGACAAAACUUCACAAACAGCAUUUGUUUGAAUAGUGCUUUGAUGUUGCCGUACGUAGAAUAUACUUUAGAAUUAUCGGGAACAAAUAUUUUAAACCAGUCUGGCUUAAAAAGCCAAUUCAAAUUCAAAUUAAUUGAAACCCAUGGCAUUAAAUCCCAACCAAAAUUGCAAAUAAUGGCACGUCCAAUCGUUGCAAUUGGAUCUGAAGCUAUAUUUGAAACUUUGUUAUAUCCUGUUUGCGGAGAUCCAAUCGAAGAUGAUUAUAAUAAUUUACAAUAUAGAUGGUAUUUUAUAACCGAAAACAGUAAAUACAAUAUUAUCGGAGUGAAUGGUCCAGUAUUGAUAUUAGAUACAAAAGGACUAAUUCGAGGCAAAAAUUAUACAAUCGGUUGUGAAUUGCAUAAUGAUAUCGUUUUCCCGGGAAAAAAAACUACAGCAAUGGCAAAGGAUGAAAUCGAUUUUAGAAUUGAAUCGUUUUUUGCUAAAACAAUUAUUGUGCCACAGCAAAUUGUGGUUGGAUUUGGUCGAUCCAUUCACUUAAAAAUAAAACAUCAAGAUUAUGUCACAACAGAAAAUGUGCAAUAUAAAUGGCUUUGCAAAACAACUAAUGGUGAUGAUUGCUUAAUCGUUGGAAAUUAUCCUGCAUUAAAAGAAGCAAUGGAUGAAAUAUCAUCAUCAACAUCUUCAGAAUUAAUAAUUCGUGAAUUAACAUUACAGCCAGGAAGGUAUUACUUUGUGGUUCAAAUAUCAUUAGGUGGCGUUCCAAUAGACUCUGCCGUAUCCGUGGUUGUAGUUUCUUUUGAAUCUGGUCCACAUAUAAUGUUUUAUUGGCCAGAUGGAAAUUUUAACCCAAGUAUACCUAUACUACCCGGAAGUAGUAUUGUUAUGGCUGCUACUGUUUCCUUUUUAACUGCCGGUUGCUCGACUUCUUGGACUACGUCAUCAGAUUCUGGGUACAGCUAUUUAACGUCAAAAGAUAUGGGUGGAAAAAAUAAAAUUAUUAGAGAAUUUAUGUCUGCUCGAAAUGAAUCAUUUUCGCGCAAUAUUCGUAUUGCAGUAACAUUGCCAAAUAAAAUUAAUCAAAAUACAGAUUUCUUACUGAAACUAAAUAUCCACUGUGCGUCUUUGAAACAUUCAAUGUUUGGGGUUAUACCAAUUUCAAUAGUUGCUCCACCACGAACAUCGAAACUAGAAGUAACACCAAAAGAAGGAAUUGGUAUUUUAACUAAGUUCAAAUUUUACACCGAUACAGCAUAUGACAAAAAAUCAAGUCAUCCAAUCCGAUAUAGUUUUGGAUUUUAUAUACCAUCAUUAACAACCGUUCCAAUAUAUUUUUAUACAUCAACUUUCAGGUUGCAAGCAGAAACAAUUCUUCCGUCAGUAAAUUUAGAUAUAUCAAGGAUUAAAACUAUUUUAAAAGUAUGCAAUGUUUACGAAAGUUGUAGUACGAUUGAAGGGCCAGAAAUAUCUGUCCAUCAUCCAACACAGAUUUCAGAUGAAGAUAUAACAUACUUUGAACAAAAAUACAGACGUAUGUUAGUAAAACAAAUGCUAACUGAAUCGGAAGCAUACAUGUUUAUUUAUAUGACAACAUUAAAAACUUUCAAAGUUGAAGUAUAUGAAAAAACUUCUAAUGAACUAUUUAAUCUUAUUUCAAUGUAUACGAAUAAUGAUAUUAUAGAAAGCAUAUCCUAUGGUAUAGAAUAUAUUCCGUUUGGACUGGCUCUUUUAGAUUCAAUUUCUCGAACUUUUUUUGUACUUCCAAAGUUCAAUAAUUUAGUUGUCUCACAAGCGUUGGUAUCAUUACGAGAUCGAAUAUACGCAAAAUUAAUAGCUUACGAUAACGAGCCAACGUCAAAUAACAUAAAUAACAUGAGAUACAUCUUAAAAAAUGUAAAUUCUAAUAUGCAUAAUAUUUACUCAAAAACAGAGAUAAACACCGAAGUGGUGGAAUCAUUUUUACAUGUCUCAGAAAUUGUGAUUUUAAACAAGGAUGAUGGACCUGACGGAUUAAAUGAAAAAAAAAAAUUACUUGAUAGUGUGGAAAAUUAUGCUAAACAUAUUUGUUUGACAAUGAAUGAAGAACAAGAAGUAUAUGUGGGAUCAUUAGUUGGAAGUUUCAGCGUACGACAAGUAAAUAGUCUCGGUUUAAAAGAACCAUCCAUUGAGUUACCUACUUGUAAUUCGAAUUUCCACAAAAAAUGCAUUAAACAAAGAUCUAAGGUUACGAUUAACAAGAACCUUCUUUUUUCUCAUAGAACUGAGUUUCCAUUAUGUUUUAUGGGUUUUCACUUUUAUGACGAUUUUUUCACCCAAGUGUAUGGAAAUAAAGGACAAUUUCUUAAGAGGCAUAGCGGAUUAUAUGGAUUUCAUAUAAUGAAGAUAAAUAAUAAUAAAAAAUCCAACUAUGAAAAUGUAGUAUCAAAUCCAUCGAAUAUAAUAAAUAUUAUUGAAAUUCCAUUACAGUCGACAACUGAUACUCAACUAGAAUGUAGAUAUUGGAACGGUAUAUUAGGUUGGACUAAUGAAGGAUGUAAGUUUCUUGGCGUUGUCACAAAAUCAUUUAAUCAAUAUGCUAUGUGUGAAUGUCCAACAUUUAAAUAUUACGGAAUAUUUUCUGUAGAUGUUACAAAUGUUUUAUUUGAUAAUUCUGUAUCGGAUUCAACACAUAACACAAUCGUUUAUGUUAAUAAAAACAAGAAUCAGUUUUUUAAUAAUUCUUCAAUUACUCAAAGAUCUCUUUCUGAUAUAUGUGUUGCUUUCAAAGUAAAUGGGGAUCCUGCUGAUUUAUAUGAUCAAAAUAUUAGGGAUUUAGAAAAUUCUUUAAGUCGACAAUUAACGGAAAAAAUUAUAUUACUUUCUUCAGUUUUGAAAGAAUUAAAUUUGAUUAUGAGUGAACCGAUGUACAUAACUUUACAUUUAAUGCAAAAUGUAAAUAUUACUACAGAUGAAUCUAUUCACGACCUCGUUAAAAAAUUAGCAGAUGGAUCUUUAAUUUUAUACGAUUUGCAUAGAUUUAGAUUAUAUGUACCAGAACAACCAUUACGAAUUAUUCAGCCACGUAACUUGGAGUUUAGCGAAACGGGAAAAAAUAUUGCUUUGUUCUUCGCCAUAUUUGUCGCGUUUCUCGCCUGCUUUGUGUUUGGUUCAAUAUUAUUCAAACGACAUCAACUGCUAACCGACAUUUCAGAUGUUCAACAAAAUUUAAAAACAAAAGAUCCUAUUAGACGACCAAAAUAUAAAAAAUUGGAAUCCACUGAACUAAUUGAACAAAAUACAGCUUCGGAACAAAGAUUUAACCAUUUUAAAAACAAUAUAGAACUUUCGGAUUCUGGUAUUACUUUACAUUCUGAUAGAACGCAAGUAAAUUUAUUACAGCAACUUCAUUAGAUUAUAAUCUAAGUAUAAUUUAAAUUCAGAUGGGAAGUUAGGUUUUAUACUAGUUAACAAAAUAAUUAAUUUGAAUAAAUAUAAUUAGAUAUUAAUAUUGA